AUGGAAGAAUUCCAAUGCGAGCUAUGCCAAAGUUUUCCAAACAGUCCAGUCAUUUUAAGCUGCUGCUUGAAAUCAGUCUGCAAAGAACACGUCAGUGACCAGUGCCCGUUUUGCGGUAUUUCAAUAUGUGAAGAGGAAAUAAUCCCAAAUAGAAUUCUGCAAUCGUUAUUACAUAAAGAUUUAAAGACCUGCGAACGGUGCGAAAACAAGCCUAGUACAGUGCUUUGUAAACAAUGUGUGGCAUACUUGUGUAAAGACUGUUCAGCACACCUACAUUCGCUAGGAGUUUACAGAAGGCAUAUCGUUACAGCCGCAAACAAUUACGAUGCUGGAAAAUCAGAAGAAAAAUGCCAAGAGCAUGGACUCAGUUUCAGUCACAUCUGUACUGAUGAGUGAAAAGCUAUUUGUGACAGAUGUUUAAGCAUGCAUGAAGAUCACGCUGUUUUAGCCUUCGAUGAAGUCAUAGAUGAUGCUUUAAAUGAGAUUCAAAUUAAGCAAGAAAAAAUUGAAGCAAAAUCUAGAGAAAUCAAGCAAGGGAUCAUAAGGGUCAAAGAAAGCUUGGACGGGAUCGAAAAUAAUGCAAAUCAGGUAAAGUUGCAAGUAACGCAAGCGUUUAACUCAAUGAAACAAAUGUUGAAGUGAAAAGAAGAAGAAAUUAUAAGUGAACUUGAGACUGCUAAAGAAAGAAAAAUAAACCAGCUGAACUUUUCGAAAGAGUCCUUGGAGAAAGGGAUAAAAAAACUGCAGACAAUCGCACAGUUUAUAACGGCUACAAAAAAUCAGUCUGCAACUACGAUUUUUACAAGCUUAAGCUAUUUAAGUCAUAUAAUUGAGCAAGCUCUGGAGAAUGACGAAAGCCAAGAGUUAACAAUAAACUCUGAUUUUGAUUGUAAAAUCAAUGUACAACCCUUGCAAGCUGCUUUAGAAAAGGUCUGUUUUAGAGACGAAAACUCAUCAAGGGUGCCAUCACCAAAAGGUAGUAUGAACUCUUUCUCAAAAUCCCCACGGCAGAGAGUUUCCGAUAUCACUAAUAAAAGUACACUUCUCAAAAAAAACGAACAAAACUGCCUGAAAGAUAAAGACCUUAUGAAUUUUUAUGAUGAAAAACAAGCAUCUACUCCAAGAAUACGGAACUGCACCCCUACUCAUAUUCGAGAUAAUUCUUCUUGCCAAUUCCAAUCUUUAGACGAAAAUCCAUUAGAGAGGCGAGUUUUUAUUAAAAAAUUGCAGACAGCCUCAGCAAUUCAGGUGUCUUGAAGCCAUCCACCUAAAGGCUCGCCUGACUUGCAGUAUUGCUUGGAAUAUGGAGUAGGCACAAAGAUCCAAAAUAUUGAGCAGUUUCGACAAGUAUAUAAAGGCCCAGCUCAUACUUGUAUAAUUACUGAUCUUUUACCCAAAACUUCAUAUAGAUUCAGAGUGUCUCCAAGCUUAGCAUCUACAGAUGAAAAAGGGGAUUGAAGCGAAGUAGUUACAAUAGGAACACACGAUGCCCAGAAAAUUGAUGCAAGCACUUUAGGAACGCACGCAACAAUGAUAGCAAGAGGGUCAGAAAAAUGGAUUCAAUUUGAUAGAGCUGGAAUCGUAUUGUGCCAAAACCCAUACCCAUUUGGAAAGCAUGUCUGGGAAGUCAAAAUUUUAAACAAUGCUCUAUUUUCAAAUGACUCACAAAGUUCAUUUAAAAUUGGAGUAGCAUCACAAAAAGGAAGGCAAGUUUAUGGGUGCCCAAUAAAUUAUCAAGCUGCAAGGGGUACCUGCAAAAUUAAAGUAGUCCUAGAUAUGGAAGCAGGGACAUUGACUUUCUUUAGCCCUUUUAGUCCGCAAGGAGAAAUAUUCUCAUCACUACCUGAAGGUCCUUUGUAUCCAGCGUUCCAAAAUAAACCUUCUAAAACGUCAGCUGCAUCUUUGAAAUUCAUGGCGUCUUUUGAUUGUAAGAUUACAGACACUGACUUGAAUUUUAACCAAUAA